AUGUUAAAUUCGUAUAUCAGGGCUACGAAGCUUCGCUGUUGGCUCAGUCGACCAGAUUGUCCGCCAGUGAUUCGAGAGUGUAAAGUUCUGUUCGACAGAAUCGUACAUGCACCUAUAUCCGCUACAGCCACUGCUGUGCCAGAAGACUUGUACGCACUCAUUAAACGUCGGACGGCGGUAUUACGUGCAAGACUCAGAUUCGACGGAGUUAUCUACAGUAGGGCCUCUACGCACGUUGGGAACAGUCAGGUUUUCUUUUAUCCUCGGGGCGAUUGGUUAUCGUCUCCUAUCCCCGGAAGUAUUCGUCAUAUCUACGCUUCACCCGCAGGUGAACUGGUGCUUGCUGUACAGAGAUAUAUCCCCCUGGGUCGUGACGACCACACUAUCGACCCAUUUGCUAUGUAUCCCGGGUUUCCGGCAAAAUUAUACUCGUCGAGCCUCAGUUGUCACCUCGAAAGCAUCAAGGUCGCUUGGGUAGUGGGUCACUUCGCUCGAUGGAAAGUUUCGAGUGACCAGGCAGUCAUUCUAUCUCUAUGUCGGGUAAGUUACAUACCUUUCGUAUCUGCAGUUAUCUGA